AUGGAUGCGAGAGAGAAAAGUGUGUUAAGUCAGAGAUUGAAGGAAGACAGGCUAAGCCAAUUACCUGAUCCUUUGAUCAUCUGUCACAUACUAUCUCAUCUUCCGAUAAAGCAAGUUGUUAAGACAAGCGUCUUAUCAACAAGAUGGAGAAGUCUCUGGCUUUGGCUUCCUAGUUUGGAAAUGGAAUUGGAAUGUUGGAACUUCAGUAACUCCUUUAUGAGUUUUGGUGACAGGGUUUCAUCAAAGAGAAAUAGCAUCGGCAGGUUUCUCUCGCAGAUUUCCGAGGUUAAAGAUAUGACAAUAUGUAACGACACUCUCAAGGUCAUCUGUCAUUACUCGAAACUAGAGUUGCUACCUCAGUUUAGUAACAUGUCCCGCGUUCAGGCAACUCUCCAUCACUCCAAAUUGGAAGAGUUACUAACCUUUCUUAAGAGCUGUCCAAACUUGAAAUCCCUCAUCUUGGUAUGCGAUGGUAUUUAUGAGGAAUUGCUUUUCAAGGAGAUGAGUCAAAUCAGUUUUUCAUAUAUGCCUCAGUGUUUUUUACCAUCUCUCGAGUUUAUUGAUCUCAAAUUCCCAAUCCGAGUACGAUUGAAGAUAGUAAGGUACUUCCUAGAGAAUACGCCAAUGCUCAAGAAGCUCACUCUACAUUUGGCCGAUUAUUCAAUACAAGAAAUGUCUACUUUCAAGGAGGCACUACUCAAAAUGACACGAAGCUCUAGCGAAUGUGACAUCGUCGUCCUUGAUUGGUAUUAG